AUAUAAGUUUAGACAUUUGGUCAUGCCUUCGCUAUCCCAUUUGUGGUUCUGUAAAUUUAAUAUGGUCCAUCCCUGGUGAUUCAUGACUGGAUUCAUGAUUGAAACAGUUAACACAAAAUGGAUAGCCAGUGCUUGGAAUGAAGUGUGCGUUUGUGUGAUAAUGAGCAAUUAUCUUAUACAGAUGUUUUUAUAUAUUUAUGCUUGCAUGACAGUCUUUAGCUUUCUUUUUUUCGACAUGACUCCCGACAGUCGAACAUUAAGUGAGAGUCAAGUUCCCACGAUCCAAACAGUCCCAACAUUACUGAACAAGAGAACAAGUACAGUACUUGUUUUCACAACAAAUGCAAUGUCCCCAGUUACUCUGAGCAUAAGGCAAAUAUUUUGUCAAAAAGCUUUGUUUCUAAAUUUGAUUUUAUGGCUGACUUGUUUUUAACAGAGAGUGAUAGUGUGUAUUUUGAUACCUUAUUAAUUAGUCAUUUAUAUUAUGGGUAUCUAAACAUUUGUCGGCCUCAUAAUAUAAGAAGGACUCAAUGUCAAGUAUUUAAAUGUUACCCCUGUAAUUAAGAGGCUAUAAGCUGAUGUAAAGUAUAAUAAGCCAACUGUGUUGAGCAUCAGUAGACCCAGAUAUUCCCGUGUUCACUAACUUUUGGUUUUACUUCAGACAUGUUUGCAUGGUUUUGUUCCAGAUGUAGCGCGUUUAAUGGUGAUGGCUUUUGAAGUGCAGUGAAGUAAGAACGUUGCUACAAGGCCCAUCACAGCAUUAACACGCUGGACUAACAUACUCCCAGUGUGGCCUACUGCUGAUGGAGUUUUGCAGCUUCAAGUUGUUACAUGCUGAUUCAGUGGUGUGAUGCUGGGCCCAUUCACACUACAGGUCAAAUAACAAACGCAAUAAAAGUUGUAAAAACACAAUAGUACAAACUAAAUUUGUAAAGUACUUUAAAGUACUUCUAAGUUUACAAAUAAAUUAUGUGCAAUUAUUUUGUUUUUGCAAAAAUGACACAUCUCUGUUAAAGUGUAACUUCACAUCAAGUCCCGCACAAACAUUUUUUUCUUACUCUGCCCUCCCUGGGUUGAGAGUGUCAACGAUGCUGCACCUUUUACUGCACCCAGUGUGGAUUUCUAUGCCUCUGGGGUGUGGACUGAAGGGCAUCUGUUGCACUGGCACCAGUACCCAACAGUGAUGUAACACUGUACCAAAGUCCAGCGUUACAUCACAUUUGGGUUGCAGACAAAACAGUAGCAGGAUGAAUUUUUUCCACAGUUGGGGUGGCAUUAAAAAUUACUAGUGCAGUAUAACCUAAACAACUUAUAAGGGGACUGAGAGGAAAUGAGCAAAUAUGGACGUCAAGCAUAAAGUGCCUAAACAUGUACAAAUGCAACACACAAAAAGAACAAAGCUUUCACUUUUCUCUUGGACUCAAAAGUUAAGUAGAAAGUUUUGUGCUUCUAAUAAGGCUGUGCCAUUGCACCACUAAAUCCAUGUAAAACCAGUGUGUCAGGAUGGAUUUGCACUGAAUUGUGAGUUCACACCAGGAACUUCAAGCUGAAGGAAUCCCUCCCUUUUUUUCUUGUCUUUUGGUCUCCUUUGACUUCUGAUUUAGUUUGCGGCUAGUGGGCACUACCAGCCUCAGGAAUGGCACUACUCCCAUGUUCACAAUGCCAUUUUGGGCCCAUUUGGGGAACUGAUGACAGAGGAUGACCUAAACCGUAUUGAGAAGCAAAUUGAGAACCUGCAGGUCAUGCAUAAGGUCUCAGAAGUUGAAAAGGAGCUUGAACAACUAGAGCAGGAGCUUCACCAGCUGCUACCGGUUUCUGCUGCCCUCAAUCAAGGCCACUUCUCAGUUAAUCCAAAGCAGGUUCAUGGCCAAGCUGAAGAUCUUCCUGCCUGGUGCAGCAACAUUUCUACUCUACUUAAGAGUAUGGCUAUUCUUCUUGCCACCCUGGGCGGUAAAGAGAUAGACAUCUUGGAUCUUAUAUGUCCUACGUCUUCUCAAGACACCGCAGUGAGUACAGGUCAUUCUGAAACAGCAGUGUCAGCUGGCACUGGACCCAUUGGACGGUCUCAGUCCUUCUCAACCAGAGAGGAAGUGGAGAAGGAGAUAAAGCAGUGUGGAGUUUCAGUGAAGAACCUCAAAGCCAAUUAUGAAAUUCAAUCACAGUCUGUAGACAACAAAGCAAACUGGUCAUACAAACGUAAGCGGUCACUCCCUGUGAUAAGUGAGUCAAGUUACCCCCCAGAGACAGUUCUUGAGGAAGAUGUGCCUUGCUCGUCUGCCAUAAUUCUUGAGCCCAGUACAAAUGGAGAUCUGGCGCCAGCGGCGGAAUCAUUGCCACUUGUUGAGGAACCAGUUAUCAUUCCAUCUCAUGCUCCCAAGACAUACGAAUCCUCCGAGGAAGUUGCUCCAACCAACAUUCAACAGUUCACCCCAGAUCAUUCCGCCGGUCGUACUUUAAAUAAUGACCAACUAACAAGAAGCCUGGAGGUGCAGACAGACAUAAGCUAUGUCCAGGAAUGCAUUGAAAUGAGGAAAGAGAGAAUUGUCUUCUUGUUUCUUGAACACUGGCGUAAGUACACCAUCUCUGAAUCUUAUCGGACUAAAUACACUGGCAGGAAGGGUCCUCAUCUAGAUGUCGGCUGGGAGGACUACAACCAGUUUAGUGCACAGCAUGGUGGGGAGAUGAGAAGUGAGGAUGACAAACUCUUCCUUUUCAUGAAGUCAAAGCAAGUGGUCGGAAAUCUAAUUGGCCACUGGAGGACAAUCAUGAGUCAAGUGCCCACACGACAGAUCCGCAGGUUGAGUCGGGCCCAGAUGAUCUACUGGCCAGAGCAUUUCUUGCCACACAUCAACGGGUCACCUGUGAGCUAUGAAAACCUAACGCUUGACCUUUUCAUGCUCGGAUACUUCCAGCUGCUGGAAAUGGACAUGUCGCGCAAUGAGCGCAAAUUCCGUCACCUCCUGUGCUACGAGAUGUUUGACCGCCUUGGCAGCCACAAAUGGGAAGUGAUCAGAGAGUUUCACAAGGACGUCAUGGAGGAAAUUGAGAGAGGGAAGCGUGACUGGGCAGAUGGCUUUGAGGACAUAAAACUCAAGUAUUUUGGAGACUUGGAUGAAGUGGGAGGUGUGAUGACAGACUCCCUAUGUUCUAUGUUUCCUGACACGUCCCCUUUAGAACUACAGGAAUCUCUUCCUCCCCCACCUUCUCAUCCCCCACCCCCUCCACCAACAACACAUCCUGCACAACCACCUCCAAAUGUACAACAGUCAACUACACCACCACCACAUGCUUCCCCUCCAGAUUCACAAUCAGAUCUUUUCCCAUCAUCACUGUCAUCUCCUGCAGCCCAGAAUGGUGCUUUGGAUGUAAAAGCCAGUGAGCAGAUGCCAUCGGGUGAGGCUGUGGCUUACAAUGGGAACAAUCCAUAUCAGGACCAAGCACCUGAACUUGUGCGAAUCCCUAAUGCAACAGCUAAAGACCAGACACCACAGAAGACUUCAGAAAAUGCAAAACCAGAUCCAUUAAACAAUGUAACACCAGUUAAUAUCAAAGAGGAAUCUCAUGGCAAUAAGAUACUCAAAGAUGAACCAAAUGAAGACUCAAUUAAAGCAAUCUAUGAAUUAAAAGAGUUUAGUAAUGAAGAAAUCAUCAGAUACAUUGAUAGAAGCUUUGCUUUUUGGAAAGAAAAGGAAGCUGAGCUUUUUGAUAUCUAACAACUUAAUCAAGUUCUCAGAUAAGGGCAGAAGGUAAACAGAUCCACACAGUGGGAUGUGCUGAGAGGGGGAGAAUUACCUAGGUGUUUUAGUGUUCAGGCCAUGUCAUAUAACAUCAUUCAACCUUUGCAUUUGCAUAAGCAGAUAGAAAGAGAGCCUGGGUCCGAAUUUAAAUAAUGCUGAACCAAAUGUUUGAUUCGCCAUUCAAUUGUUUUCCCCAGAUAAUUUAGAAACGAAGGACAUGACAGGUUAAACUCUAAACAUUUGGUUUUUAUGACUUCAGGCUGCUUUCUGUGUUUCAGACGUCAAGCAUCUCAGGGAGGUAAGGGAUUUACUCAGGAAAGCAUUAGUUAGUUUGGCCCUCGGGUGUUUAAACAUCAAGUUUAAUUCUUUUUGCUAAAGUUUCUGGUUCCAGUUACAUGUUGAUAAAUGGCCCUUAUUUGCAAAUCUAACUUUGUUUUUUGCUCACGUCAUGUGUGCCUGUCAGUAUACACACAACAGUAUAGAACAUGUUUUGAAUUUCAUCCUUUCAUCAUUGCUCUCAAAAAAUAAGAAAAACUUACAAUGCUGUCUUAAAACUUAAACAGCAAAGUAUGACUGUGUAUAUGAUCGCUGAUGCCCCCUAGUUUGUUUACCACUUUUAUAACGAGAGAUUUGUUAAAAAAACUUAAUGUUUGCUCCUUACUUUAUUUGUACAUUGCGGUUAUGAAUAAAGUCUGACAUUUUGUGAUUAUGGGGUUUCAGUACCUCUUUCUUACAUAGAUUUACUGGUCGCUACUCUAACAAGUCUUUCAAAUAACAAUUGGCAAUUAGUUCAAUGUAAUAUUACUAUAAUCAUAUUUUACAGGACAUUGUUUCAAUAACAAGACUGUAAUUCAUCUUCCUGCUCCCUGUACCAUUAAACCACUGUGAAUCACAGAGCGUCUAAUCCUUCACGUUGACAUUAGUAGCUAUGAAGGACCACGCUACUCUGAUAAUGCGUCUUCUCCAGCAUCAAGAUUACCUACAAAUAACCGUCUUAGCACCACCCGCUGUCAUGCUAUCUGUGGCUUACAGGAGCCAUAAGGAGGUUACAGUGAAUCUUAGCUAAACAGUCAGCUGCAAACUUAGAGGCAAAUGCAUAUUGCCACAAAAAUCAAACCUGAUCACAACUAGAACUCCUGUCUAUCGAAUUUCUAUCUAAUACGGAGCUUGCAGUUUCUUUCUUGCUAAGAAAGUCCUCCAUACGGUAUCUUAUCCUAGAUACUUGUAUUCCUGUUUUUUAGAAGAUUGAAGGUCGAAUCAUAACAUGUCCACAGUCUUCUAGUCUUUUAAACCUUUGCCCCAUGUGUGUUCCUGCUUAUGUACUAAGACUUUUGUAUCGGUUCCAGCUUCAAUAAAUACCACAAUCUAGUUUCUUACUCAUUCCGUUAAUUCCCGAUGGUUUGGAGCCACAUUGCAUUAAACCCAAUCCAGACCAUAAAAGAGAGAUGCAGCAUUGUUCUUUCAUAAAUACUGUUCUCACUGGAACGCAAACAAAUAAUCACUGUUUCUUGCCAAUAAGCUAUUAUUUAUAAAACAAAAGAGCAGAACUGUAACACGGUGUUCUCUAGACUGAUGAGUAAUGUAAUGAGAGUUAGAUGAGCAGUGUGCAGUAGAGGCACUGUUAGGUCUACACAAUUCUUAAUCACUGUGUGUAACUUGGGACAAAUAGCUGGACUGAACAUCAUCUUAACAAGCUGGGUUAAAAUAAUGAAUAACCCUUUUGCAGUGUUCAUAGUAUUCAUAUCUAAUUUGUCAUUAUUGCUAGACCAUUAUAAUUUGAGAUUUUUGUUUUAUUUUUUUUUCCUUGCCCUUAAUUCCCAAGGGACUCAUUAAAGAUACAUUGUGUAAAUAAUCUUACCUGGAU